AUGUCCUCCCCCAUCCGCGUCACAGUCCUCAUCUCCGGCAACGGGUCAAAUCUGCAAGCAGUGAUCGACAAAGUGGCCGCCGGCCAACUCAACGCAACAAUCGUCCGCGUAAUCUCUAACCGCAAGGACGCAUUCGGUCUCGAGCGCGCACGCAAAGCAAACAUUCCUACGCAAUACCACAAUCUUGUUAAGUACAAGAAGCAGCACCCCGCAACGACGGAGGGCGUGCAGGCUGCGCGUGUGGAAUAUGAUGCUGAGCUGGCGAGGCUGAUCCUUGCUGACUCGCCUGAGCUGGUGGUUUGUCUCGGCUUCAUGCAUAUUCUGUCGCCGCAAUUCUUGGAGCCGUUGGAGGCUGCUAAGACUCGGAUUAUUAACUUGCACCCAGCGCUUCCUGGGGCUUUUAACGGUGUUAAUGCGAUUGACCGCGCUCAUGCUGCGUGGUUGGAGGGCAAGAUUGACAAGACUGGUGUUAUGAUCCACGAUGUCAUCUCUGAGGUGGACAUGGGUCAGCCAAUCCUUGUGAAGGAGAUCCCUUUCCGCAAGGGCCAGGAUGAAGACCUCGAGACCUUUGAGACUCGAGUCCACGAGACCGAGUGGGGAGUCGUCAUCGAAGGAGUGGACUUGGUGCUCAAGGAAUUGGCCCAGAAAUAA